CCGCCAUCAACGAACCGCCAGGUUGUAAUUAGUACGAUAAUGAUUUCACGUAAGGAUGGAUCCUCAUCAUACGGCCAAUGAAUUAAUUAUACGUCCAAGUAAUCAUCAGCAGACCAACGUCAUAUCUUCCGCUGAUUGGCAGUCAAUCAAGCAAUGAUUGCGCUCUGUCGGUUGCUUAUGAAAUGUGGAGGUUGCUCAUCAAGAAUCAAGAAGAGUGUGUCUCUCUGGGUUAAGAAUUCAAUCGUCAUAUAACUAUAACUUAAUUGGAUUUUGUCAAGACGCUUUUCCGCCGAGACUGACACUUUUUUACUUACGUUUGGCGGGAAAUGCGGCCAGGUGCAUACAGGUCCGGCCUCAAAUGCGGCCAGAUACAUAUACGAUAGUGCUACCGAUAGUGUGAGUACUACACCCAGAGUGUGGUGGCCGUCGCGUUGAGUUUCACUUUUGGAUUUUGGAUGACAUUCUUUCUGUGUGAGGGUGAACCGCGCGCACAAGUACAUUGAAGGCACGACGAGCAAGCGCGCGCGCGGGCGCGCUCUGGUGAUUGGCGAUGGCGGCAUCGAGAGGGCAGGUCGACCUCUUGGAUUGCAUUGACUUUACUUCUGUUGAGUGUUUGAACGAAAGCCCAAGUCAUACCAUUGAGAAUGCAUUGAAACAGGGCUACAGGGAAGCCGAUGAUGUGUACCUGGAGAGCGACGCUGAUGAGCAGUUACUCAUAUACAUCCCCUUCAAACAGAUUGUCAAACUCUCCGCCAUAGUUAUUAAAGGGCCUACGGAGGAAGACUUCCCAGCCAAUCAAGAGAUCGUUCUCUCCUCAGAUGAAUUGAAGGGGAAACCGGUUACCCUUAAAUUCGUCAAAUUUCAAAAUGUUGGAAGUUUGACCAUCUUCAUCGAAAACAACCAAGGAGAGGUUGAGGCGACGAAGGUGACGAAGAUCUCGAUCCAUGGCACAACGGUGGAGACUACGAACAUGAAGGAGCUGAAGAAGGUGGGAUGACGAUAAAGCAUGGCAGGGGAGUAUUUUGCCCUGACAUCGUGCUUUCAAAUUCGGCCUGUUUAUUGGGAAGACUGAAGAAAUGGACGAGGGGAUGGUGUUUUCCACAUAAAGAGAUUGCAUGGCGGGACUUCGCAUACCCUAGUGACGGACUUGGGCAAAAGGCGAAAGAAUGCCCAGAGAUCCUGACGUUGGUAUACCGAUUCGCGGCCAGCAAGAGGACAGCUCCUCUCACUCGGUUUCGUAUUGAACUCUGCAUAGUACUAAUGAUUGAGUACAGAUGCAUAAUCGUAUUUUGUUUGUUUGGAAAGAGGAUGAACGUUUAUAGAUGAAAAUUUAUAGAUGAACAUUUAUAGAUUAACAUUUAUAGAUUAACAUUUAUAGAUUAACAUUUAUAGAUCUAUAUACACAUAUGCACAUAUAUGUACUACUACGACUUGUGCGUGGAGUGGUGGUGGUUUUGCUCUGUGUCAUCUUGAAAUCGCUCAGGCAAACGGCAGUUUGGCUGCAUGGCUAUUUGGAUUCAUGUCUUUAUGGCUGUUUGGAUUUAUGGCUUUAUGGCUGUGUGGCUAUGGCGAUGUGGCCACGGCCAUAGGUCGUUGAAGGCCAGAUUUGUCUAUUUUGGCAAAAUGGCUCUUCAGCUACGAUGAGCGGCUGUUAUACAUGGUGAUUUAGCUAUAUGACAACUUGGCUAUGGUGAUUUGGCUACCUGGCUAUUUGGCUAUGGGGAGUUGAGUCAGUUGACUAAGACAAUUAUGGCUAUUGCGAGUGCGAUUGAGCUGUAUGGCUAUUUGGCUGUAUGGCGGUUUGACCAUAUGGCUAUAUAUGGCUAUCUAGCUGUGGUUAUGUGGCGAUGUGGCUACUGCGAGCGCCGAUUGCAGGCUUCUUGAGUCGUCGCCGUGUUGGCGUCAUGUUACAUCCGGUCGCAAUUGUAAUUUUAGUGUUUUGCAACUUUCUGGUUUUUGAACAAAUUUAAAAUUUUUAAUUUUAGUGUUUUGCCACUUUCUGUUUUCUGACAGUAGUGUGCGUAUAUUCCCACUUGCGACUAGCUUUCUCACGUGGGGGAUAUACUCAGACUGUGGACUCUUCUGCGAUGUAUCAUGUAUCUGACUGCCAUUACGGCCAGAUCCUGUUGAACAAUCAUGGCCGUUGUCGUCGUUAUCUUUUUCUUACCGAGCUGUAAUCGUUCCUGCAGGACAUUCAACUCGCUCUGUGAGACUCAGUUUCUAUUCUUUGUUGCUUUUCUUUUUUUUUUUUCUUUUUUUUACGUUUUUGUAGUUUUAAAAGUUAAAAGAGUGUAAAACUUCG